AUGGGGCCCCCGGGUAAUAGGGGAUCAUGGGGCCCCUGUGUCCUUGCUCAAACUCAAAAAGCCUAUGAAAGAGGUACCAGGGGCAUCUCAUGGGGCCCCCUACUGACCCCGGGCCCUCGGGCAGGGCAUGAGUUUCCAAAUAGUCAGACCGCCCCUGGGUACAAGGUGCUGUGCCAGUUACCCCUCCAGGGGUGGACUGACAACUCAUGGGGCCCCCGGGCAAUAGGGGAUCAUGGGGCCCCUGUGUCCUUGCCCAAACUCAAAAAAGCCUAUGAAAAAGGUACCAGGGGCAUCUCAUGGGACCCCUUACUGGCCCCGGGCCCUCGGACAGUGCCCGAGUUUCCAAAUGGUCAGUCCGCCCCU